UUUCUAUCACCAAGGGCUUAUGCAGUUGCCAGAAGAUCGCAAAACCUCUCCCCACAUCAUAAUCGAUUGCUCACACCAUAAGGAAUGCGGCGAAUGGAGGGAGAUUCACGGCGGGCAGCGCAUGAUGCAGCGUCGUCACCGCAGUGGACACACGUCCCCCGCCUCGUGGUGUUCGAUCUCGACUACACGCUCUGGUGUCCGUACAUCGACGUGUUGAGUGGCGGUCCGUUCACCAAGACGGAAGACCCGGGGACGGUCCUCGAUCGCUAUGGGGAGGAGCUGAGUUUACUGCCAGACGUGCAGAAGGUGCUCAAUAUCCUUGAGAUGGAUCCUCAGUUCGAAGGGACGAAAGUCGCCAUUGCUUCGCGUACAGGGGAGAUCGAGGCAGCGAAGGAAUGUAUGCGGCUGAUUGAGGUGGAUAUUAAGGGAGAGGUAAAGACUUUGAGCGACAUUGCGAGCUUUGUGGAGAUCUACCCGACUUGUAAAAUUGCGCACUUUAAAAAGUUCCUACAGCAGAGUGGAGUGGCGUACGAGGACAUGCUCUUCUUCGACGACGAGUAUCGUAAUAUACAGGAUGUGGCGAGGCUGGGAGUCACGUGUCAAUACUGCCAAGACGGAGUCACUUGGAACUCGUGGCUGGAAGGGAUACAGGCUUACCAACAAGCGAAGCUAAAAUAAAUUUGACGAUAUGUGUAGGCUUCAUCAGCAGUGCUACACUAAAUGAAAAAUGUGUUUACAGAGAGAAAAGUAGCGAGAAUUAGCCGAACGUGUCUUCGAAUUGAAAACCCACGUGGCAUCUUAGACCGAAUAUCCCCAAACAUUUCGCCAGGAAGAGUCGGAAGCUGUUGGCUCGCGAGGCUACAUGUUUGCUGGAUCCAUUCUCGCUGUUGUGAUGAGAAAAUUGCAGUUGAACCGAUAUAAUGCUCGGGAUUAACCAGAAGAAAACCAAAAUUAUACGAACUUACUACUGUAGGAUGUGCAUGUUUGGAGGUUGGACUGGGUGCCGUCUGGUAGUAUGGCGGGUCUUCGACCUGACACAAAAAGAUAGUCCGGAAAUCUUUAAUAUUUUCACACACAAUAUACUACUUACUUCGGAAUAUAUACUUCGAAGCACCAGUU